GCCAGAUGGGCGGGGAAUAAAUAAAUUAUUAUUAGUAUUCCAGUUCUGUGAUUCUUCUGAUGGCAGCUCCUGUUUUGUCACAUUCUUCUGGCUGUUUCCCAGACUGAUCCUAUGUUUGCUCCCAUGGCAGGAUUUGCUUCGGGUCUGGUGCCCAUGUACGUGGGCGAAAUCUCCCCCACCAACCUUCGCGGGGCGCUGGGCACACUGAACCAGCUGGCCAUCGUCAUCGGCAUCCUCAUUGCCCAGGUGUUUGGUCUGGACAGUCUUCUAGGCACAAGUGAGCUGUGGCCCCUCUUGUUGGGUAUUUCGGUGGUGCCUUCCAUCCUCCAGCUCCUGAUGUUCCCCUUCUGUCCGGAGAGCCCCCGAUAUCUCUACAUCAUCCGCAACAAGGAGUCCAAGGCCAAAGAAAGUCUCAAGCGGCUGACGGGUCAGGUGGAUGUGACCGCAGCUCUGACAGAGAUGAAGGAGGAAAAGCGGAGGAUGGAUUUGGAGCGCAAAGUCUCCAUCGCGCAGCUCUUCCGCUGCCGCAUCUACCGCCAGCCCCUACUAAUCGCCGUGGUCUUGCAGCUCUCGCAACAGCUCUCUGGCGUCAACGCGAUAUUCUAUUACUCGACCGACAUCUUCAAAAAGGCCGGCUUGGACAAACCCAUCUUCGCCACCAUCGGGGCUGGCGCCGUGAACACGGUGUUCACCGUCGUUUCGGUGUUCCUGGUGGAGCGAGCCGGCAGGCGGACCUUGCAUAUGCUAGGAUUGGCGGGAAUGGCCGUGUGUGCCAUCCUUAUGACAGUGGCCCAGGGCUUGACGGACCGUGUGCCGGCAAUGAGCUACCUCAGCAUGGUGGCCACCUUUGGCUUUGUGGCGUUCUUUGAGAUUGGCCCGGGGCCAAUACCCUGGUUCAUUGUGGCGGAGCUCUUCAGCCAAGGUCCCCGCCCGGCUGCAAUGGCUGUGGCCGGCUUCGCCAACUGGACUUGCAACUUCAUCAUUGGGAUGAGCUUCCCCUCGAUCGAGGGAGCCCUCCACUCGUACGUCUUCCUCAUCUUCGCAGCCCUUCUCUUCGUGUUCUUGAUCUUCACGUACAUCAAGGUUCCCGAGACGCGAGGCCGCACCUUUGACCAGAUCGCCGCUACAUUCCGACGGACGCCAUCUUUGCUAGAACGAGAGAUCAAGCCGUACACGGAACUGGACGAACUGAGCCCGGACGCCCACGAAUGAUAGGGUUUUGGGCAGGCGGCGAACCCUAGCGCCCAAAAGGCACGGCGAAUGUGGACCGUGGUGUUCAGGGUAACUGGCAAGAGGUACCAGGAUCUGCCUAGCACUUUAAUGGUGCCACAAGCCUUACCGGCGCGUGGUCAGAGUUGAACCCUAUUUUUUUCUUUGUUUUCAUUAGGUCAGUUUUUAGCCUGGAUGUGUUUUUAACUUCUUUCCCUUUUUUUAAGAAAGAAAGGAAAAACAUUAAUAAAAAGCAGGGUGGGCAUUGUGGGGCGUGGGGGACACAAGGCCCCUCGCCCCGCUUCCCUUGUUUCGGAGGACAAGAAGCUUGUGGCGUCGAGCCAGGAGCCACGAGUUCCGAUUCUGUAAAUAAAGGAUUGUGGGGGAUUUGCACUGAGAGCGGACAGGGGGCUGACGUGCUGUCGAGAUCCAGGAAACGCAUUCUCCCCAAAAGCAAAGUUCAGAGGCUGAAUUUGAAAAGGGGACGGUGGGCGGUGGGGUGGAAGUAAUAAUUCUGAGGACAGCGACUAAAUUAAUCUUCUCACCAAUUUUCGGGUUAUUUAUAUGCUGACUCCAUUUCCGCAUCGAGCCGGGGCUCAGCCCUGACUUACACAAGCAGCUGUUGCAGCUGAGGAAAAGAGUGCCCCAGAACAUGUGCCGAGUUCUUUUCCCGCUCACACCCUAAGGAGCCACGCUCAGGCCUGUCCCAUCACCCACUUUUGGGGUGUGGGGAGGGGUCAGGGCAUUUAGGCCCGGCCCAUCUCCUUCUAGAAAUUAAGAACUGGAGGGUGGGUAGGAAUAAAAACAUCCUUGAAUGCUCAUGGAGAGGUAAUAUGGUCAGUAGUGGUCUCAAGCCCCCCCCCCCGAAAAAAACCAUUUUCGUCUGCACCGUGGUUGCCUAGCAACAGCAGCAAUGGCUGCCCUGGCCGUGUUUAGCGACCACCAUGUGUGUUGCCUAAACGCUCCUUUGUUGAGGACUCUGUGGCAGGGUGAAGUAGGGCAGGGAGAUUAGAAUACGGUUUUGGGAACUGUAGUUUUCUAAUGGUUUCGAGUCAUUGG